UUCCAAAAUAACAGCUUACAAAAUAGCAGACAUAUGUAUGCAUCCUCCUCCAUAAAUCCUUUCAUAUUAUGAAAAUGCGAAUUACACAAUAUUUUACGUCAUCAAAUAUAGCAGGAAAUGUGCAUUAUAAAAUCGCACUGAGGUCGACACACGUGUUUAGCUGAGAGUACAAGAAACUCGCACUUACAGCAACCUCGUGCAGUGCUGCUGCCACUGAACGAGUUUUAUUACACUCGAUUUUGGAUUGCACUAGUUCAAUUCAAUUCAAUGUAAUCUUCGUGUAGGAACAGAAAUUAACCGAAUGUCUUAAGUUUCCUCAGAUUGGUUCGUAAUACCUCAAGACUCAAGAGUCAGAACUCUAGCAGUUAGCGUGACUGCUCUCUUGCUGCUUUCUGUUUAUAUUAAUGUGAGUGCUGCUUUUAAUUUAGUGGGAUUUAUUAUUACGUGAGUCAACGAAAUGAAUAUAUUGAAUCGAUACCCGCAAUUCGCUCGUCUGAGUGCUCUUUGUCACAAGAAUGUAUCUCGCUUUUCUACAAAAAAAACCGAUAGUCCAUCGAUACCUGUGAAUCCUCUGAAGGAUAUAUACAGUGCCAAUGAUCAAACUGGAACCGGAGCGAUAUACGACAAAAAACCAUUCAGGAUACUUCUUACUGCUGGCAAGAAUUACUCGUGGUGCCUAUGUGGACAGAGCAAGAAUCAGCCAUUCUGUGAUGGCACGCAUAAAGACAUUUUUCUUAAAAUAAAGCUGAGGCCCAUACGUUUCACUGUUACGGAGACUAAGAACUAUUGGUUGUGCAAUUGCAAACAAACAUCAAACCGACCUUUCUGCGAUGGAACGCACAAAAGGCAGGAUAUACAGGAGAAGAAAAUGUAGAUGACAUGAAACUAUAUUGUUGAUAUAACACAUUGAAUUUUGGAAAUAAAUAUUACUUUUUCGGUGUGCCGUACCUCUAUAGGUAUCCGAAAUAGUGUAUAUAAUAUGUACAUUAAUAAAAAUACUUUUACCACGUAUUACAAAAUAAUACCAUUUCUAAUUCCUUUUCUAG